CAAAAAUCUGUCGAGCAAGCGGAACUUACGAUUUAAGAGCAAAUCAUAAUAAAGAUGUCUGCAGAUUCGGCUGAAAAGGAUAGGCCGGCGUACUCGAUCUUCUUCGGAUCGAUGGGAGCGGCAUCGGCCAUCAUCUUUUCGGCCUUGGGAGCGGCCUAUGGAACUGCCAAAUCGGGCACUGGAAUCGCAGCCAUGGCCGUGAUGCGGCCCGAAUUGAUCAUGAAGUCGAUCAUUCCGGUGGUGAUGGCUGGUAUUAUUGCGAUCUAUGGCCUGGUGGUCUCCGUCCUGAUUGCCGGCGCUCUGUCGGACUCGUACACCAUUCGCAAGGGAUACAUCCACUUGGCCGCCGGACUUUCGGUGGGCUUUGCCGGAUUGGCGGCUGGAUUUGCCAUUGGGAUUGUGGGUGAUGCCGGGGUGCGGGGCACUGCCCAGCAGCCACGCCUCUUUGUGGGCAUGAUCCUGAUCCUGAUCUUCGCCGAGGUGCUGGGGCUCUAUGGGCUGAUCGUCGCCAUUUACCUCUACACCAAGUAAUGCGAAGUUUUUCACAAUAAAACAAGGUUUUAGCUCCCAUUAUUGGGCGAAUUAUUUAA